UCCGCCCGCCACCCACCCCACGAAAACGGCCAGAGCCGCGGUACUCCACGUCUCGCUCCGUCCCACCCGCGGCGCAGCCGAAACUUACACGACCCGCCCGCCCGCCCGGCCCUCAAACACUCCCACCUAAACACGGGACGCGCACGCAGCCCCCGCCGCUUCCCUGACGCUUGCCAAGUAGCUGACCAGCCGGGCGCCGGCUUCCCCCACCUCUCUCUCUCUCUCUCCGCUGGUCAAAGCGAAGACGACACACCAGUCUGGCUGCCUGUCCCCCGUGCCGCCUUCUCCUCGACCGGCCCGCGCAUGCCCUGCCGCCCCGGGACGCGCCCCGCUAUUCCUCCGCCAACCCCCCUCCCCGGCCUCGCAUUUCGCGCCGCUCCGCCCCGCGUGCGAAUCGGCCGAAUCUGAGGGAGGAAGUGAAGGCGGGAGGGGGAUGGGGUCGCCGGGGGCCGGGAGCAGCGGGCACGAGUGCUCCUUCAAGAUCCUGCUCAUCGGGGACUCGGGCGUCGGCAAGAGCAGCCUCCUCGUCAGCUUCGUCGCCGCCUCCCACCUGGACAACGACAUCGCCCCGACCAUCGGAGUGGAUUUUAAGAUCAAGUUCCUUACAGUUGGUGGAAAGAAACUGAAGUUGACAAUAUGGGAUACUGCUGGUCAGGAGAGGUUUAGGACAAUUACUAGUUCUUACUACAGAGGUGCUCAAGGAAUUAUUCUAGUAUAUGAUGUCACAAAGAGAGAGAGUUUCACAAAUUUGGCUGAUGUGUGGACUAAGGAAACAGAAGCAAACUCUACAAACAAAGACUGCAUAAAAAUGCUUGUUGGAAAUAAAGUUGACAAGGAUGAUGAAAGAAUGGUCACAAGAGAAGAAGGCCUUGCCUUCGCACAAGAAUCCGGAUGUCUGUUUCUUGAGAGCAGUGCCAAAACACGAGAAAAUGUCGAUAUAUGUUUCGAAGAACUUGCAUUGAAGAUUCUCGAGGUUCCGAGUCUUCUGGAGGAAGGAUCUUCUUCGGUUGUCAAGAGGAACAUUCUGAAACAGAAGCAGGAAAGUCACGCAAAGCACGGUGGUGGAUGUUGUCAAUAGAUGAGCCAAUCCGCGCUGCAUGCUGUUAAGGGCCUGAGGCAGCUCAUUUUCUGUCUUAUCACUAGCUCACUGAGCGGUGAAAUUGGGGUGCGUAGAGCCAAACGGCGGCAGCUGCACAAGACGAACGGAGAGGAAGGGCAAGUUUGGUUUAUGGCCUUGUUUCACGCGAGAGGAACUUGCUCUCGACCGUGUUUCGCUUAGGAUAAUAAUAUAGUGUGUGCUAGUAUACACAACA